AUGGAAUCUGUUAGAACGAACAAAGGAGGAGUAUUUUUUCUUUACGGAUAUGGUGGCACCGGUAAGACCUUUCUUUGGAAGACAUUGUCGGCAACAAUUCGAAGUAAGUCUGAAAUUGUUUUAAAUGUUGCUUCAAGCGGUAUAGCUUCUUUGCUACUUUCUGGAGGUCGAACAGCCCAUUCUCGCUUUUCCAUCCCUCUGAAUCUAAAUGAGGAUUCUCUUUGCCGCAUGAAGCCUGGAUCUGAACUUGCGUGUCUUUUAAAAAAAACACAACUUAUUAUAUGGGAUGAGGCUCCAAUGAUUCAUAAACAUGCCUUUGAAGCAUUGGAUAGAACCUUAAAAGAUAUAUUGAUGCCUGAUUGUUCAAAUAGCGAAGCUUUACCUUUUGGAGGAAAGGUAAUUGUAUUUGGUGGUGACUUUAGACAGAUUCUUCCUGUUGUUCCUAAUGGCUCUAGACAAGAUAUCGUGAAUGCUUCACUGAGUUUGUCAUAUAUAUGGAAUAAAUGCAAGUUACUAACGCUAACAAAAAACAUGAGGCUCACUGUUGGCAUGAAUCAUGGUGAUAUUGACAAGACAAAAGAGUUUGCUAAAUGGCUUUUGGAUAUUGGCGAGGGAAAACUUGGUGGUCGCAACGACAGAGAAGCUGUUAUUUAUAUACCUCAAGAACUGUUGAUUACUGAGUCCACUAACCCUAUUGGUAGUCUGAUCAACUUUGUAUAUCCUUCGAUACUUGAAUCGUUCAAUGAUCCAAAUUAUUUUCAAGAAAGAGCCAUACUUGCUCCUAAGAACGACGUUGUUCACGAGAUAAAUGAUACCUUAUUAGCAAUGUUUCCUGGUGAUCAUAAAGAGUAUCUAAGUUAA